AUGGGUACACGUCACCGGAUGUGUACAACGGGUGGCCAUACGGGCCGAAUGGUGCUGCUUGUCACACUGUCGGUGGUGGCCUUAUUUGUGACCGUUGCCAACAGUGCCGCCGUAAUGUCGGUGGAUCUGGGCAGCGAAUGGAUGAAGGUGGGUGUCGUUUCACCGGGCGUUCCGAUGGAGAUUGCGCUCAACAAGGAAUCGAAGCGGAAAACACCGACAACCAUCGCAUUCCGCAACGGGGACCGCGUGUUUGGCGAGGACGCACAGACACUGGGCGUUCGGUUCCCCUCCAACAGCUUUGGCUAUUUGGUGGAUUUGAUCGGCAAAACGAUCGAUAAUCCGAUGGUGGACUUGUACCGUAAACGUUUCCCAUAUUACGAAAUCGUGGAGGAUCCCGUACGACGGACGGUCGUUUUCCGUGUGGGUGAAGAACGGUACACGAUCGAGGAACUGAUCGCACAGCUUCUGCAGGUUGCAAAAACCUACGCAGAAGAUUCUACCGGCCAGCCCAUUACCGAGUGUGUACUGAUUGUGCCCGGAUUUUACGGGCAGGCCGAACGUACGGCACUGGUUUCCGCUGCACGGUUAGCGAACCUGAAGGUGCUACAGCUCAUCAACGAUUACACGGCCGUUGCGCUCAAUUAUGGCAUCUUCCGGAGAAAGGAAAUCAACGAAACGGCACAGUACUUCCUGUUUUACGAUAUGGGAGCGUACAAAACGUCCGCUGCGGUGGUGAGCUAUCAGCUGGCAAAGGACAAAGCUACACGGGAAACUCAUCCAGUCGUACAAGUGCUUGGUGUUGGGUUCGAUCGGACGCUCGGUGGGUUGGAGAUGCAAGUGCGCCUUCGCGAUUACCUUGGCCAGGAGUUUAACAAGCUGGGCAAAACCAAAACGGACGUGUUUACCAAUCCGCGUGCCAUGGCAAAGCUGUUCAAGGAGGCGGGCCGGCUAAAGAAUGUGCUCAGUGCCAACACGGAACACUACGCCCAGAUUGAAGGUUUGCUGGACGAGCAAGAUUUCCGAUUGCUAGUGUCUCGCGAACAGUUAGAAGGAUUGUGCAAAGAUUUGUACGACCGAGUAACUGCGCCGUUGGAUAAGGCACUCGCUGCCUCCGGUUUAGCGCUGGAUGUAAUCAAUCAGGUGGUACUGUUCGGCGGCAAUACACGUGUCCCGAAAGUGCAGGACAUAUUGCGGUCGCACAUUGGGCAGGAGUUGGCAAAGAACCUGAACGCGGACGAGGCAGCGUGCAUGGGUGCCGUCUACCGGGCGGCCGAUCUAGCUACCGGCUUCAAGGUGAAGAAGUUCAUCACGAAGGAUGCGGUUCUGUUUCCGAUUCAGGUGGUAUUCGAUCGCGAAGGUGAAAGUGGCGCUACGCGACAGGUACGCCGAACACUGUUCGGUUCGAUGAAUUCGUACCCACAGAAGAAGGUAAUCACGUUCAACAAGCAUACCGAUGAUUUCGAGUUUACCGUGCAGUACGCGGAACUGGACUCGGUACUGAGAGGCGAAACCGGAACGCUCGGUUCGGUCGAUUUGGCACGCGUUAAACUGAGCGAGGUAGCCAAGAAGCUCAAAACGAACGUGGUAGAGAAUGUGGAAUCGAAGGGUAUUAAGGCACACUUUAUGCUAGACGAUUCCGGCAUAUUCUCGCUGGCCAAUGUCGAGCUGGUGCUGGAGAAAACGGUCACCAGGGAGGAGGAUGAGGACGAGAGCACAUUCCAGAAAAUUGGCAACACGAUCAGCAAACUGUUUUCGGGUGAUUCCACUGAUAAGCCGGCAGAAAAGGUAACGGAAGGUGGAGCGGAAAAGGAAGAAGAUGAAACGACCGAUGGAAAGGAUGCGAAGGAUGGCAAAGAUUCAGAGGAGCAGGACAAACGGCCAGCGAAGGACAAAGAGGCUGACGCAUCGAAGGAUGCUAAAAAGGAAGGUUCCACGGGCGGAGAGUCGGAGAAAAAGACCGACGAAGCAGAUGCGGAUGCGAAAAAUGCGACCGUAAAACCAAAGAUUGUAACGCUGAAGGAGACGAUACCGUCCAAGGUAGAGCUAACGUACGUGGUACCGCUCGAGGGCGAUCUGUUCGAUGCGUCCGCGAAACGUAUGGCGGCGCUGGAUGAGGUGGACAAUGCGAAGAAACGUCGCGAGACGGCACUGAAUGCGCUGGAAAGCUUCGUGAUCGAUGCGCAGGUCAAGAUGGACGAGGAGGAGUAUGCAUCAUGUGCUACGGAGGACGAGAUUGCUUCCAUCCGGAAACGUUGCGGUGAGAUUUCCGAGUGGCUGUACGAGGACGGUUCCGAUGCCGAUGCGGACACGUACGAGAAGAAGCUGGAGGAGUUGCGUACGGUGGCGAACGAGGUGUACGCAAGGCACUGGGAGCAUCAGGAGCGACCCCAAGCACUGAACGCACUGAAACAGAUGAUUAACGGUUCCGAAGGGUUCUUGCGCAAUGCUCGCAACCUGACGAAGGAUAGCAACCCGGAAAAGGAUGUGUUCACGGCGGUGGAGAUUGAAACGCUUGAGAAGGCGAUCCGCAGCACGAUCGAGUGGCGUGAUACGGAGGUGGCCGAGCAGGAGAAGCUUGCCCGCAAUGUGGCGGUACGGCUGACGGUGAAGGACAUUACCGAUCGUAUGGGAAUGCUGGACCGUGAGGUGAAGUAUUUGGUGAACAAGUUGAAACUAUGGCGCCCGAAGGUGAAACCAACACCUCCACCAAAGCCGGAGAAAACGGCCAAGGAAGGUGAGAAGGAAGAAACAUCCGGUGAGGAAAAAUCAGACGAGCCGGUACUGGAACAAACGCCAGAAAAGGAUGCAACAGAGUCGGGCGGCUCGGAAGACGGUGGAGCAACGGUAGAGGAUAUUGAACCGACUGCAACGCGAAAGGAGCACGAGGGAGAAGAAGGUGGUGAUCAUACGGAACUGUAA